AUGGAGCCCAAUUGGUCCCAUACUCACAAGAAUGUGAAUUUGUCUGUUGGUUCUUCGGUAACCAUCAGGGGGAUUGUUAGCAAUACGUUCAGAAAGGACCCUCAGCUGCAGGUGGAUUUCCACACUGACCGGGACCCCACAUCUGACAUCGCCUUCCACGUCCGCGUGUACUUUGGCCACUCUGUGGUGUUGAACAGUCUGCAGGACGGGGGCUGGAGAACCGAGGUGACGUCCCACAAGAUGCCCUUUCAGGAAAACCAACCAUUUAAACUGCGCUUCUUGGUGCUGAACAAUGAAUACCAGGUGAUAUUAAAUGACGAGCACCUCUACAGCUUCAUCCAUCGAGUCCCGCCGAGUUCUGUGAAGAUGGUAGAGGUGUGGAGAGAUGUCCUCCUCUACUCCAUGGAGGUCUCCUAGAGAGUGACCGGGCUCCCCAGGGUUGAGGCAUUCCCAGAGUCCAUGAACAGAAAAUGAUUCCUCCUUACUCCUUCCCUACCCUUGGUGAUUAAAACUUUGCCAAACUUCA